AUGCUCAACCUGCUCGUUCUCUCUCCGCUCUCGCUCGCCAUGGCUCCUCGCGCUCCCGCCGAACUCAGCACGCGCGCCCGGGCCCACCUCAUCCCGGAGCAGGAUCUGUACACAACGACCGACCUCCGCAUUGCGCACGCCCACCGCUGCGAGUCUCCCCUUCGAAACCCGUCGCCUUCGUCCGUCAUCACGUCCUGGCCGACCUCCUCCUCUCCGGCGACGCCUCCCUGGCCGGCGCAGGCCAUGUCGGCCAGGGCUUCGCGGCUCCUCUCGCCGGCCCACCGCCUCAGCGUGAUGUCGCCUCAGGGCAUCACUGUCUUCGGGGCGGGCAUAAACAUCCUGCUCUCCGCCCUCAAGCUGAGCGUGGGCGGCGUCGCGGGCAGCGCCAGCCUCGUAGCCGACGGCGUCCACUCCUUCUCCGACCUCGUCUCGGAUGCCCUCUGCUGGGUUGCGGUUCAGGUCCCCAGCUUUGAGCACGCCUUCACGCUGGGCAUCGCGGCUGUGCUCUUCUCCACCGGCGUGGGCAUGGCCGCGAUCGCACUGCCGGCGCUCUUUGCCGCGAGCGCCGCCUCUGCCGCCACCACGAGCCUCGUCGGCGCCAUACCGGCCCUCUCGGUCGCGCUCGCGUCGGUGGCGUCAAAGGAGCUGCUCUUUUGGCUCACGCACGCGGUGGGCACGCGGCACCGCUCCCCCUCGAUCCUCGCCAACGCGUACCACCACCGCUCGGACGCGCUCUCCUCGCUGGUCGCCGUCGCGGGCAUCGUCGGCACCGCCGUCGGCUGGGCGCGCAUCGACUCGCUCGCCGCGUCCGUGGUUGGCCUCAUGGUGGCUGGCAUGGGCUUCGAAGUCGGGCGCGACUCGCUGCGGCUCAAGCUCGCGCGUUGA